AUGAGCCGCUGCUCCCUCCUGUCCCACUGGCCGAACCGCUGGCGCGGCUGCGAAGCGCGACCGGUGGUGGUGGUGGGAGCUUCGCGCAUGCUCCGGAGCGGCCCCGCCGCGAGGGGGCGACCGUUGGCGGCGGCGGCGGCGCGCAUGCUCCCCGGCCUCGGCGCCGGCUCCGGGCCGCUGUCCGCGUGCGGCUGGGGCUGGGGCUGCGGCGCGAGGGGCGGCCGUUACUGCGCGAGCCCACGGCCCCUGAGCCUGAGCGCGGGGGUGGCGGAGGCGGCCGAGUCCGAGCGGGAGCGACGGCUCGUGGAUCACCUGUACUCCGGGCUGACCCGGGGAGACCGCGCCUGCCUGGCCGAGGCCAUCACUUUGGUCGAGUCGUCUCACAGGCGCAAGAAGCUCCUGGCUCAGCUGCUGCUGCUGAGGGUGUUGAGCCACGAGCGGGACAAGGCCGGGCGGCGCGGGGCCGAGCGUCCGGCCUUCAGGAUAGGCCUCUCUGGAUCACCUGGUGCUGGGAAAUCCACACUUAUUGAAACAUUUGGGAAAAUGUUGACAGGAAAGGGACACAAAGUUGCUGUUUUAGCUGUUGAUCCAUCUUCAAACAAAACUGGAGGAUCACUCUUGGGUGAUAAAACACGUAUGACCGAGCUUUCAAGGGACAUGAACGCUUACAUUCGGCCAUCCCCCACGUUGGGUACAUUGGGAGGAGUAACACGAAACACAAAUGAAGCAAUCAUUUUAUGUGAAGGAGCAGGAUAUGAUGUCAUUCUUAUAGAAACAGUAGGCGUGGGUCAGUCUGAGUUUGCUGUGGCAGAUAUGGUGGACAUGUUUGUCUUAUUGAUUCCACCAGCAGGAGGAGAUGAACUGCAGGGAAUUAAACGUGGUAUAAUAGAGAUGGCAGAUUUAAUUGUUGUAACCAAAGCUGAUGGAGACCUUGUUGUUCCUGCAAGAAGAAUACAAACGGAAUAUACCAGUGCUUUGAAAUUCCUUCAUAAAUCCUCCAAGAUCUGGAAGCCAAAGGUGAUGAGUAUUUCUUCAAAAAGUGGGAAAGGGAUUCCUGAACUUUGGGAGAAAAUGACUGAAUUUCACACCUCAAUGUUUGCAAGUGAAGAGCUGCAAAUAAAAAGACAAAACCAGCUAAAGGUGUGGAUGUGGAAUUUGAUCAGAGAAAAUAUUCUGGAGUCCUUCUAUAACCAUCCAGCUGUCAGGAAUCAAGUUCCUAGUAUAGAAGCUAAAGUUGUCCAUGGUGAGAUAACUCCUGUUUUGGCUGCAGAUUUGCUUCUAAAGGCAUUUUCAACAAAGGAAUGAAUAUAAGGAACACAAUACUGUAAUAUUGAGCAACUAUGAAUUAACAUGUACAGGGUGACCAAAAAAUCAUGAUAUUAUCUAAAUCAAACAAAAAUAUCAUAUUUUCUUUAUGAUUUAUUAGACACUGUAAUGGUAUGACUUUUUGAUAACCAGUAUUUAUAAAGUUAAAAUUAUUUUGCACAUUUUCAUUAUCCAAAGUGCUUUUAAAGGAACAUUCCUUUCUGAGUCGCUGGGAUCUUUGUAUAGCUGUGACUUGAUGAAGAUUGUUGGGUGGUUUGUUCAUUGCUAAAAAUAAUUCAAGUUAAUUUGUGAUUUGUUUCUUGGAAGUCUGUAUAAUCUGGCCAUAAUUUGUUCAUCAUUUUCCUACUCAACAGUUAGAUAUAUUGCUACUUUAAUUAUUGUAGAAAUGAAUUGUUUAUGGAAAGAUUUCCUUGAAGUAUCUUCUGUUUGUAAUAAAUAGAUUUAUAUUAAAAGAUAAUACAAGAUAACGUGGACUGUUUCUCAAUCUUUGAAUUGUACGAAAUCAGAUGCUGAUUUCGAAACACAUUUAUGAUUAUAGACCAUAUAUAAAAACAUUAGUGGCAUUAUAGUAAGAACUGCAGUGAUUUUAACUUUUGUGCUGACUCAGUUUUUAAUAAUGUUGAUUUAAGUACAGUGAAAACUAAUCUAAUUUUACCUCAAUGUUUUGAAGGAAUGAAUUAAUUUAAAUGAUCUAAUAAAACUUAUGUUUGUAUUAGGUAUGGAAUUAUAACUGUUUUGUUGACAAAUUAUUUUAUUAGUUGAUGUAUCAUCUACUGUAAUGAUUUAUUAGUAUAGUGGUGAUCUGCUGCACGUUAUUGUAUCUUGAUAAUGUGAUCUUUAUUGUUAGCGCCUUGGGACGUUCUCCCGACGUGAAAGGCUCUAUACAAGUGUAAUUUUGUUGCUGUUGUUAACAGCACUUCUGAAUUUUAACCUCGCAAUUCAAAGUCACUACAGGAGAUAUAUAGUGUUUGACUGUAAGAGCCACUUUACUUGAGGUUCUUGGUGCUAUAGAAUGUGCACUGCAGAUCUCCUGCACAACACCAAUGCCAACGUAAAAGCUGUUACAAAGUGUUGAAUUUUGUUUUUGGAGCAUUGGACCUUCUCUGAACUUCGGGAAAAGCACAAGAUACUCAUCACUGGCCUGUAUGGAAAGGUGAGAGCUUGUAGUUCCAGAGCCAGCAUUAAAAUGUUUUAACAUGAAGUGUUGCAAAGCUGCAGCUGGGUUGGCCAAUGUGUUUGUAUUUCUUAAAUUGUAAGGAUCAGUCAACACCAUUUAUAACAUCUUUCAUGUUUCUUUUGCUUUGAUCAACAGAGGUAAUUCUAACGUGUUGAAUUGUCAACUAUUACAAAAUAUAUAUAUUUUUGCUGUUUUUUAAGACAUUUAAUGCUGGGUGCAGUUUCAGAGCUCCUUGUCAUUACCUCACUGAAGUGGCCAUUAAUCAUGUAUGACCAUUGAUCAUGACCUUUGACCAUGUAUAUAGGUUGUUCGACUGUAGAGGAUAUUACUGCCAAGUCCAGUUCUAUGCCGACAUAUGCAGUUUCCAGUAAAGUAUUAAAGUAAUAAGGUUUUGGAGCCCUAGUAAUAUUUUACUCUUUUCUGGUCCGGGAUGGGGGAAGUCUGGGCCAACUGUAGCACUUGGCCAAUAUUUAACUCCGGUACUGACAGGAUCAA